AAUCGCAAGCCAAGCGGAUAGCCAGCCACCAACGCCGACGCGCUUUGCUAUCUGCCGGUGCGUGGACACGUCGAACGAAAAAAAAAGAGAACUGUCUCGUGGCAUAGCAGAGCCAGUGUUUGAUUGUUUACUCAUCGUAAGCGCCAGUGAAACCAAGAAGCCAUGGCCUCCGCGACAAUCUGGGACGUGGUGAAGCGGUUCCUGGACGAGUAUUCGGCCACGACGCCCAAGAAGCUGAAGAUCAUCGACUCGUACCUGGUCUACGUCAUGCUCACGGGGAUAGUGCAGUUCGUGUACUGCUGCAUCGUGGGCACGUUCCCGUUCAACUCGUUCCUGUCCGGUUUCAUCACCUGCGUGGCGUCGUUCGUGCUGGGCGUCUGCCUACGGCUUCAGGCGAACCCACAGAACAAGUCGCAGUUCUUCGGCAUCAGCCCCGAAAGAGCGUACGCCGACUUCGUGUUCGCGCACAUCAUCCUGCAUCUGGUCGUCAUCAACUUCAUCGGUUGACGAACUUCCCGCUCCGUCUCGAGGAAGAGCGGACGUUCGUGGGGGAAGAACUGUUUUGGAACGAAGUUUUGUUAUUGCGUUCACUGGGUCUCACGGGAUUUUUUUUUUUUUCCUCAGCUGCCUUUAUCACCCCCUUUUCUAAUAAACUACUGGUGUGAGCAAG